AUGGCGCUACGAGUCUCUGGUGUCCGCGAAGACUUUGUGAGAGCUGCUUCCCACAUGGAACUUGACACAUUGCCAUCGUCAGUACCACACGAAAGUGAUGCAAAUUGGACACCCAGUCAUCUGCGUCUGCUGUAUUUGUUAUCUCGAUUUGCUACGUACCCGAAAUCAACGGAUGAGGAAGAAAAGUGGCUGCGUAGUUUGCCACUUCAAGUGAUGGUCUUUGAGGCUAUCGUUCGCGGUCUAUUGGCAUUUGAUUACUCGCCUGUAUGCACAAACAUUAUAAAGGACGGACAAUCGAGAAGACUGUGGCUGAACAUUAGCCACGAUGCUCGAGCGGCUAUUGACGACUUACGCGAACAUGAAUUAGUUAAAGCUCUCAAAACUUGCAGUGACGAUUUUCAGCCGUCUACAGCUUAUCAAGUCACAGCACAGGGUAUGAAGAAGCUCAAGACGUUGUCGAGUCACGACAAGCAUCGACUAGAUGAAUUUCUCACAGCUCCGAGCGCGUCCGUCACUGACAGUGGGUCAAUACCCAUUGAGUCUUCCAGAUUAGAGACGCUGCCUCAAGCGAGAACGAACCGGCAUAGUCUUGUCUUGGUGGAGAGCCCUUUGCUCCAAAUCACGUACAAACCCGAGAAAGGCCACUUUCAAAUACGACGUGGAGACGGAAGUGUCUAUAUUUCACGCGUCACGGAUAUCGAAGACGUGUCGUACGUGUCGAGUCCAUAUUUGCCAAGUUGCUUGAUGCAAAACCGCACAGUCAGCUUUUCUUCCAAUGCGUGGCAGGGUGAAAAGUGCCGUCAAGCUGCAGCUAGUGCAGCAAGUAGCAAUAUACAAGAUGCAGAUCUGUCGUUUGCCGUUGUUUUGGAAAAUGCUAGACUUAUGGUCGGUGAGUGGAUUCCAUUUGGUCCAAACCAAAUUGUGCUGCUCAACGAUCGAUUGGGCUCACUCGAGCGAUGUCAGGGAGGACUAUUUACUUCAGAGCUAGACGGCGCACCGACGUCAACGUCGUUAGCAAUCGAGCCGGAACUUACCAAGAUUGCGAUUGUUGAUUUCGAAUUUGACUCUUAUACCAACUUCGAAGCGGAUAUUUACGCUCCAACUCAAGAUGGUAUCAUUCAAGUUGAAAGUUUUGGGAUGCAUCUCAACGGAGAUGGCUCAAUUGUGUACGGACUGGAGAUUGACGCGACCAUGGAUCGGUCCGCGGAUUUUCUCUGCAUUGACCAUCUCGCUCGCCUGUUGGUGGAUGUGAAUCUCGACUCGUCCAAGAUCAUCAACGACUUGUUGUCGUCACAUCAGCGUGAACUACUGGAUAUGCUUUUUAUGGGUGACGCACGAUCAAGAAAUAAGUUUGCACUACUUACUGCUAGUGGCAUCUCUCCAAAGCUUCCUGCUCGAGCCUAUCUUGACCGUGGUGAGAAAGAAAAUGAGCUUAAGCAAGUCUUAGGCGAGCUUCAUUCCGUACACGAUAUUGGAAAAGACGACAAGUUACUGGUUGGACAUGACGGGAUACUGCUUGCUGGGCCGAACGCUAAUCGACACGAGCCGCUGCUGGUUGCGCACUUGACGUUACUGUCACGUGAACUUGUCGUGCGCUUCUUUUUCAAGCGCACAUUUGUUCUAGGUGAUAUCCUAGCACGCGCACGCAACUAUAUGACGAGCUUUGAAAUGAAUCCCGAAGCUAUGGAUGAAAUGCGGGAUCGUGUCAGCCAGUGUGCUCAUGAUCUCGUCCGUUUAGAGGAAAUUCUCGAACAUUUACGCGAGUCAUUGCAUGGGCUUGCACACACCUUACCUUCAAGGCCCAAGCCUUCCGUCAGCGAUCCAACGGGUGGGGGCGCUGCUUUGUACGACCACUUGCAACUUCAUAAAACGCACAAAGACUUGGAACUGCGUUGUAAAGAUCUUGCCAAAUUGCUUCGAGGAUUUCGUGCCAAGUUGAAACAAGUACAAAGUCAGAACGGUACAAUGGCCAAAACGAUAUUAGAAGGACUGGUUGCCGGAGUCGAGCGUAAUGUAGCAGUGUUAGCGGAGGCUAUGCGCACGAAUCAAUACUCGCUCCAGGGAUCGUUUGACGUUUUGCUGCUUCUUUUUGCUGCCACUCUUGGCUUUGAACUAUUGGAUCGAAUUACGGACGGAGAUCUUCUCGGGAUGGAUGAAGCUACAACUCCUUCGUUACGGUGGGUCAAAGAAAGGAUCGUUGACAACUUCAUAAAUUAUCCAGCGCUCUGGCUUGUGGUUAAUAUAGCCUGGGUGGUGAUACUUCUUUGGUUCUUAAGCAUGGGGAUUCGUAUCGCAACCCGCCGUCUUACUCGUACGCAACGAGUGGUUUUUGGAAAAGCCCCUCGGCGUAUUAAUGUUGCAGCGUUUGAGCAAUUUCUUUGCAAGCCAUUAGAUGAGUUGACGCUUGCGAAAGAUUCUGCUACUGUUUUACGACGCCGUUGUCGUCGUAAACGUAUCAUUGAGUCGAGAAAAGCGAGAGUUCGGGAUUCGAUCCGAGUGGUUGAUGUGCUGUGGAGUGAACCAGCCAUUCGACCCAAGUACCACUCGUGGUUGGAGUUUUUCAGGAGUGCGCAUUAUAACUGGGAGCAGUUCAUUGCUCCACCCAUCCGAACUCAAGUGACCUAUGAUGCUACAAAUGGCUUCCUUAUCAAUGUGAUUAUCCAUGCGGGUUUGACGACCAAUUGCAUCGAACUCUAUCAUCAGCUCAAACGCCAAAUGGAAAGAUCCGGGUGCUUUGAUGAGCACUAUACUCCGCCAACAAUGUCGAAGCCAGAAGAUAAUCCUUACAAUUCGAGCUUUCGUCGAGGAUUUUUCCUGCCUCGAUCAAUUGCUCAUUUUGAAGCACCAGUGUAUCCCACCGACUAA